GUGCGGUCGACUUGAAAGGUCGAUACAACAUUGGCCGUUUUACGCUUUAUCGACACAAAUUGCAUCGUCAUUAUCCGUAAUGUUAUCAUUCGCGACAGACUUGACAACUUAUUUUUACAGAUACGUCUGUAGACGCAAUCCGAGAGAAGCGAGCUUCCUUCAACCAAUAGAGCGUGAUAUAUCGUCCAAGUUUUAAUGAAGGGUAUCUAAUUCCACCAUCUGCGCGGGACAAAAAUUAAAACUUGCACCUGAAACGUCAGAGGGCGGCUAUAUAAUCGAAUUGUCGUAAAAAGUUUCAGCUUUCGCGCGCAACUAGAUUUAUUUCGCGGAAUAUCCGCGACUAAGGGAGCGUCGAUGAUUCAAUUUAAUAUCCGAUAUCCAAUUUAAAUCGUAACCGUACAUACGGAUUAAAGCGAACAUAUUGCAUGCGAGAAAUUGCGUUCUCUCUGUGCCCAUCGGCGGGAGCACUGUGAUUAUUUACGGAAGAAAAGGGAGAAAGAAUGUAAAAAGCUUGUUAUCAUUCCCUGCGAGUCUGUGUGAUUAAUACGCGCCGUAAAUGAUACGCGUCGCGCUUUUUACAAAUAUAAUCCGGGAAUUCUGUGCUUUUCUCGCUUCUCUGAACUUUGCGUCCGUCACGGCUUUCGAAAGUCACUUAAGCGAGCUUAACACUUUGCGAGCUAUCGUGUCAUUCAUCGUGUACAUAUAUUCGCGACAUUUAAUCGCGAGAGAUUAAACCGAUGACAGUAAUUGUUGAGAUACUAUCUUCCCUUUUUUUUUUAUCAAUUUUUUUUCGAUGUUUUCUCUGCUGCGAAAAUUUUCGAAACGCAACGGAUUUUAGUCUCCUCGGCUGUAAACCUUGAGAUCUGAACCGUUUGCCCGCUACAGCUUGACUAGUUGUUUAUGCGUCUAGGACAAAACGUCAAAAUACGCGAAACGUUCCUUGUAGGCGCUAUUUGAACGGCGCGAAGUUUUGGCGAAAUCGUUAUGUCGGUAAGUUAAACAGCCACCGAGGACGAAGCUAUCAUCGUCGUAGUUUAGGCAGAGUUGGCGACGGGCCCGGUCUUACAUUUUCGCUGAUAGAGAUAGAGAUAUGCAGGCGGAGGAAGAUACAAAAUAGUUAUAGCAGAGGGUAGGUCUAAUAGGAAAUAAAAUUGAUCUGUGUUCGAUACAUCGACGUGUGGAGAAUUUAGACAGUAUGAUGAUGACAAACCUACCCCCUGUUAUGCUGCCACCCAUUACGGACUACGGAAUGCUGACGCCUACUCUCGGAAUAAAGGUAAGAAUUCCAGACCUUUCGAAUUUUCGUCCGUUCCCCACAGCACCGUUUCCGGUGGUGGUGAGUGUCCAGGAAUUCCAGUACGCACGCGGGACGGGCGCGUCCCUGACGAUGAGGGGUAGCGACGAGCUUCUGUCGCAAAGUGGGGCAGUCAGCAAUGGUGCUUCAAUGAGUCCGCAACCUCAUCACGCAGCCGACAACAACAAUGACGCCAAGAAGGUUAAGCUCGACAAGAGUCACAGCGGCAAACCUUCCAGAGUCAUUCAUAUCAGAAACAUACCUAACGAGGUGUCAGAGGCAGAAAUCAUCCAUCUGGGCCUGCCCUUCGGCCGCGUCACCAAUGUCCUCGUUCUCAAGGGCAAGAAUCAAGCAUUUCUGGAAAUGGCGGACGAGACUGCUGCAGCGACCAUGGUGACCUAUUACGCUUCCGGCAUAGCCCAGCUCAGAGGCAGAGCGGUCUACGUGCAGUUCAGCAAUCACCGUGAACUCAAGACGGAUCAAACGCACUCUAACAACGCGGUCAGUAGCCCAACAAAUGAUGUCGCCAACACUUCUGAGAAUUCGAAUAACCAGGUUGCAAUUCCCGGACAAAAUCAGGUAACUAGUGCCGGCGAGACCCAGGGCGGACCCAACACGGUACUUCGAGUCAUCGUGGAGCACAUGCUUUAUCCGAUCACCCUCGACAUACUUUAUCAGAUUUUCACGCGCUUCGGCAAAGUUUUGAAGAUCGUCACCUUCACAAAGAACAGCUCGUUCCAGGCACUAAUACAAUACGCGGAUAUGCUGUCGGCGCAGACUGCUAAAUUCUCGCUCGACGGACAGAACGUCUACAAUUCCUGCUGCACGCUGCGCAUCGACUACAGCAAGAUGCAGAACCUCAACGUCAAGUACAACAAUGACAAGUCCCGGGAUUACACCAACCCGAAUCUACCGACCGGCGACGCCAACUUGGACGCCGCAUCGCUCGCCCUCGGCGGCGAAUUGCUACCCCAGUUGCUGAUGGGUGCUGGUUCCCAGCCACGUGCCAGAAUACCCGUGAUAAUAACGUCAUCUGAACUUCCUGAAGUAGAGUCCAUUGCAGGGGCACCGGGUGUGCUGCCCACGCCCUUUGCGGCCAUGCACGGCCUUCCGUCGCCCUUGGCCGGUCCCUACAACGGCGUGCCCCCGGCAGGAGGGCUUGCCGGUCUUGGCGGAUUUCCUCUUGGUGCGGCUGGUUUGGGAGUACGGGUGCAGGGAAGCGCCCAGGCAUCAGCCGUGCUGCUCGUCAGCAAUCUCAACGAAGAGAUGGUCACGCCUGACGCUCUCUUUACCCUGUUUGGCGUUUACGGGGAUGUACAGCGUGUGAAGAUCCUCUACAACAAGAAGGACUCGGCACUAAUACAGAUGGCCGAACCUCAUCAAGCGCUUUUAGCGCUGACCCAUAUGGACAAGUUAAGAGUGUUUGGAAAGCAAAUUAAAGUAAUGCUUAGUAAGCACCAAACGGUCCAAUUGCCAAAAGAAGGUCAACCAGACGCAGGCCUCACGAAGGAUUACACUAAUAGUACUCUUCAUCGAUUCAAGAAACCCGGCUCGAAAAAUUAUCAAAACAUCUAUCCGCCGAGCGCAACCCUGCAUUUAUCAAACAUUCCGGCUACGGUAGCUGAGGACGAGAUCAAGGACGCUUUUACCAAGAACGGCUUCACCGUGAAAGCCUUCAAGUUCUUCCCAAAGGACAGGAAGAUGGCUCUCAUACAGAUGCCUAACAUGGACGAUGCCGUAGCUGCGUUGAUCAAAAUGCACAACUACCAGCUCAGCGAGUCCAAUCACCUCAGGGUGUCAUUUUCCAAGAGCAACAUCUAACAAGAAUCGCCACCGCACGAGCAGCAGUGGUACCAGUCCUACGCCCUAGUUCCCCUUUGGUCACCAGCCUCAGUCUACGACUGAUGGUCCGGCAGUUGGAUCCGCACAGGUGCUUGUCUGUUCCUGCGAUGCUAUUAUUGGCCGGCUGUAUUGCAUGCGAAAUCCACACUACGCAUUUGGACUCCGAAGCGGACAGGCGCUGCCUCGUUCGAGCGAGCUUAUAGGAUGCUUUCGAGGCCUUGCUCUCUGUUGUUGGACGUCUUUACGGCAUGAACGUGUUUCCGCAUCCGGUCGAUUCUGUCGAUACGAGGGUUGCUAGGGUGUUUCGAGAUGUACCGUCGAGGAAUUGUGUCCGUCAAACUAUGCCGCUUCCUCGCUCCCGUUUAAUCUCUCUUUCCUUUCUUACGCGUGCUUUCUCUAUGCCCGGCUACCAGGCUUUUCGUCUCAAUUGCCUCUCUCUCUCUUUCUUUGUGUGUUUUUCUCUUCGCACAACGGUCCUGGCUUUCACGAGAGAGACUGAUCGAUCGCGAUCUCUUUCUUUCCUUAUCUUUCUCUCACCAUUAAGAAUCUCUCAUCUGUUUCUAAAAUUACGAAAUCGUCGCGUUAACGCGUUCGAAAGCCAGCACCGGAAACUACCUUCAAGAAGGCCGUCGCGAAUUUGUCUCUUCGUCAUUUAGCUUCAGCGCUUGCAGCCCUCGUGAAAGCCAGGACCGUUGUGCGAAGAGAAAAACACACAAAGAAAGAGAGAGAGAGAGGCAAUUGAGACGAAAAGCCUGGUAGCCGGGCGUAGAGAAAGCACGCGUAAGAAAGGAGAGAUUAAACGGGAGCGAGGAAGCGGCAUAGUUUGACGGACACAAUUCCUCGACUCUUAUACAGAGUUUACGUUAGGGAAAAUAAGAUAUAUAUUAUUGUACAUGUAAAAUUCACAAUUGCGCGGCCCGGACCGCUACUCUAAUUAUUAUUAAGGAUUUUUCAAAAUUGCGUGGACACAAAGGGCGACCGUCUCGCGACAAGCGAACGCGCGUGCGUUUGCGCAACGGCUUCCGUAUAUCGCAGAGUCUUUAGAAGCGGGUCUCCGAUCGUCAAUGUAUUAUUUGACGAGCGGGCACGAGAAAGAAUCGAGGAGAGAAAAAGAAAAAAAUAGAGAGUGCGGAUAUCCGAUGAUCGUUGCGCUCGUCGUGCGAUCACGCGCGCGACACGGCAACCGAUAAAGUAGCGUUUCCCCGCGAGACAAUCUUCAUUCUUUGGACGAUCAAACAAACCGCGCGAUCGAGCGUACUUCCUCGUGGCUUCCGUUCCGUUCGAGAGCGAGACAAUAUAAUCGCUGACGUUGCGAGAAGUAUCGAGUACAACGGAAACUGCGUAUUUCGAUCAAUCGAGCGUUUAAGUAAAAAAAAUGGCUAAUGUCAUAUCGCGGGACCCUUUGCAUGCUUUCACAAAGUACUCUACUAUUCCGCCAAAAUCAAUUAUCCUCGUUGACUUUACGUCACAGGAUUAUGAUAUGGAGAAGUAAUGGAGAGAGAGGAUAGCUGGAAGCGCCAAAUUGGUCCGCCUUCAAAAUUCUUACGAAUUUAUUUGCACACUAAUGAUUUAUCAACACGAUUAAUCAAUCCGUUCGUAAAAAUACAAAGUAAUUAUUUUUUAAAGUCAUUAUAUGCUGAGAGCUACUCUCUAUUCGGAGGACUCCGAACGCAUCACUGGCCCGCUCGAUCUACUUACGUUUUAUGCUUCUUCGAGGGCGAGUCUUCUCGCUCUCGAGGAUACCUCCAGUAUUCUCGACUAUCCGGCGGAGUCGAACGCUUCUUAGAAGAGAUCGAGCGGAGCCCGAUCGCUCGAUGAGCCCCCCGCUCUGAAAACCCACGCGGCGCGACCGCGUGCAUCGUCGCACAGUCGUCGCAAGUGGCAUUUUUAUAAUUUGUACGUUUCAGUUUUGAAAUAAGUAUUAUCGCACGCGCGCACACAUUUACACAUACAUAUACACAUACCUGUAUCUGCCUCUUUACGAGACCGUACAAUUAUAAUUAUGCAAUUAGUCACACAACAUACACAAUCAUGUACGCGCCGCGCGCGAGAUAAAUGUUAUCGACCGCCCUCUAAUUUAUGUAUAACACAAACACGCAGCGUAUAAAUAGUGAAUAUGCGCAGAUUUCUUAGUUACAGUAGAUGCUUAGGCAUGUGUUAGGAUCUUAAUCGUAUAGUAAGCGACUAGAUAAGUAAUUGACUAGGAGAGGAAGGAGUGAACUGUUGAACAUAUCGCUAAUUAAAAGAUUUGCAACGUGCGGAGCGCGCGCGGGGAGUUUGUACCAUUUAUAGCAGAUCGGCAGGUACAGCUUGAGACGCCUCGAGGAUAAUUCACGACGAUGGACUAUAUCCGCCCGAAGGGAGAACAGAUGAUUCUCUUUCUUCGUGCCAAGGAUAAGUCUAUUGUGCGACGACCCUCGAUCCAUAUCCCAUUGAGAGUUCCUGAUAUCGAAGCAUUCCUUGAUUUAAAGCGACGGUUGUGAAAGAAUGUGCGCCGUGAAAAGCGAAUAUCUCCAAGUAUCAAACUAUGUGUGCAGUUUACGCGAGGGAUAAUACUGGAGAAGGCAAAUCUUUUGUCAACUACGCGUACACAUUUACAUCGUUGGCUUCUUGUAUGACGGAUCAGCAAAGAUACACACACAUAGAUACAAGAGGAAAACAAAAGGUAACAAGAAUUGUAAAAACGUAUUUACGGCGACUUUGUAGAGGCGUGCAAAGCUGUAGAAAUCGAUCGGGGGAACUCCUCGAGGAACUCAAAAAGUGUUCUCGACGGAAAGCCGUGCGAGGCGGAACUUCGCCAAAGAUCCUCGGUCUCGUUUCUAUCAAGGAUCGAGAAUCGCUUAAAGGGUCGUACCACGCGCGCAUUCCGGCGAAGCUCGCGGAUUUUUGUCUAAUCAACGUUUUGUUGAAGUCAAUUAAAUUUUACUGAUAUAAUUGAUAACUGAACGUAGAGAGAAGUAGAGAGAGAGAAAACGAAAGAGCGCGUGUUGGAAGAGAAUUGUUGUGCGGAGGAGUAAUUGAACGAGAGAGAGAAAGGAUGAGAGAAAGAGAGAGUAUGUGAGAGAGAGAAAGAAAGGGUGAGAAAGGAGCGUAUUCGCAAGAGUAUAGUAUAUCGCACGAUUUUGACAGAUAAAUUAGGACGGAGAGACGGGAAGGGCUUUUCAAGCCGAAACGCGCAAACGAACCCUUACAUGGCAGGGAAGUGGCGAAACUGUGAAAACAAAGCGAAUGCCGGCCCGGGCAUAGUGUGCUGUUUGUGUGCCAAAGUAGGCUUAGCCGUUUUAAUCUCUAGAACGGGGAUCUCUUGGUGAGCUGUGCGAACGGGAUAUCCUUGUUCGAUCGUCGCGAGCGCCGAUACCCGGGGCUUUCCCCUUCUGGUAUAUACGUGUACAGCGUUUUCCCAGGAUCGGCGUUUUGCCGAUCGAGAAGUACUGACCAAUCAGAGAUAGUUGUUUAGAGACGUAGCGAGUAGCCGGCAUGAGCGAAGGGGCCAGUCUUUGCAUCUAUGAUCUAUAUCUUUUUCGGACCUCUGAUACUAUGCUAUUUACUUGGACUGCAUUUAUACAUUCUUAACCGGACGCACCGUUCCGAGUACACUUAACGCACGAGGGGCAUUCACGCGAGAAUCUACACACGUAUACCUCAAGUAAUAAGACACACACAAAUCUACACGAUCAUUUAUACACAGACGCACACACAGAUUCCAGCGGAUAUAGCUUUUACUUCGCCGGACGAACUAGAUCUUAUUUUUAAAUAUCUUGUUUAUAUUUCGCUGUUCAUCUAAAAGUAUUUGAGAAUUGUAUUUGGUUUUAUAGUAAUUGGACUUUAUUUUAUCUAUUUUUUAUUCGGAUCAUUUUGUGUGCAUGUAUUUUUUUUUAAGCGACUCAUGUUUGCAGCGCUAAAUAUCUUUUCGAUUUUCAUCGCGAGACAUAACGUGGCAGUGCCACAGGAGAAGGAAGGGAGGGAGGAAAGAAGAUGAGACCGUGCGAAAACUUCCGUAAAAAGAAAAAAUCGUACUUUCGGCACGAUAUUGUCUAACCGUACCUGAACAACGCUCGGAUAGAGCGUUUACUUUCGACCUCGAUCUAUUGUAUUAUCUUUUCCGCGAGUAGCAACGUCGAGCACCCAACACUCGCGCCAGAUUGCCGAUUAUACAUUUGCCGAUCACUUAUUUCUUAGCACAUUCCUGUGGACGCGUGCGACGUGCGUCCACCUACACGGAAUCACAUGAUACAUACGCACACGCUACCACCUAUGUGUACGUUUCUCUUUUUUUUUUUCUUUUUAGACGAUGUAAAAUCCAAACGUUUCUUUCUUUUGCGAAAAAAUGCCAAUCCACCACGCUAAUGGUGACAAUCAGCUCUUUUGCUCGCAAGAGGGGAGGGGAUCGUGCCGCGAGAUUCUUCCCGUUAUUGCCAAAGUUUCGCGAACGUUCCUUCGUAAAGAAUUAUUAAUAGUAGAAUUAUCGGAAACGGACAGCUAUAUACGGAGCUGUAGAUCUCUACAGGGUGCCCGACGUUAGAAAUCGCACAACUAUUCGAUUUAUUCAUCCGCCGAACGCGUACGAUACACGGCCUUCCUCCUUUCAAUUUGGACAGUCCUCGCGUGAUAAGCGCAAAAAGAAGAGAAAAGAAGAAGAGAAGGCACCCUGUAGACAAUUAGAUCGAUUAUAUCACUAGCUAGGUUGAGGGGGGCCGAGGUGAGGGUUGGAGUAGCCAGCACUCGCUACAUGGUGUCGUAGAUUAUUCAGACUCCGAAAUUUCCGCAGACUUCGUCGUGCGAGGAAAACGACCGAUAUGGAUCCUAGAUCCGAGGAUCGCGAGUAAUUUUCCGAUGAAUAGUGGUCUUUAUCUCUUAUCGAAUUCUGCGUAUCGUCUAUCGCUCGGCUAUUUCGUCGACGGGAAGGAUCACAAAGAUGACGCGGUGAGGCAUCGCACUCUGACCAAGGAAAUUCGGGGUCUGGUAGAGAACGUAGUAAACGAAGCUUAGCCUACGCAAAGGGAAUACAUAAACCAUACAUGUAUGCAAGCAUACACAAGAGAGCAGAUAUAAACACGCUCCGCGAGUCGCACGUACACACACACACACACACAUACACACACACAUACCACACCACAUAUUACAAUUUACACGGACACAGUGACACAUACAUACGCAACAUACAUACACGACUUUUAUCUACUAUAUAUUUGAUAUAUCGCAUUGUAACAGGUGUGUCCAAAAUGCGCAACGGCUGCAUCCCGAUAAUCUAUAUUUUAAUAAUAAGGGAUAAGUCUAUAUUAUAAUAUUAUAGAGUUACUAACGUGUUACACAAAUUAUCACAUAAAUUAGAAAUGAAAUGAGAUGAGAUUAAUCUAUAUAAAUAUAUUAUACAAUGUGCGCAGCGAGAGGAAAAAUUCAAAAGAGACCACACACAGGGCGAAUUAGGAAAACAUACACAAAUACAACAUAAACAACGCGAUCGGACGGAGGCGCGCGAGGUGUAUAAGAUAUAUGACGAGUUUUAAAUGACUAUAUCUGUGCUAUAUCGUAGGUAUAUCGUUGAAAUUCAGGAGAUACGGUUCGUUUGCUUAAUCGGGGCCUUAGGCGUCGUUCACACAUCGAGAGGAAAGAACAAAUCUAAAAAUACGCGAGACGUGCGAAGGAAUGUGUAUCAUCGUCGAUUUUGCGAUUAUCUAAUAUAUGUAAUUAUUUUAUCACACUUAAUUUUGAGUAAUCUCUCUUGGAACUAUCUCGAUUUUUUAAUCUUUUGCAUGCCCAUCGAUUACGAUCCACUCUCUUACGGUCGAUGCUCUAUCUCGAAGACCUCUGUCACCGUCCACACUUUGGAGACUUCUUUGUCUUUUAAAUGCUUUUCUGUUCUCGCAAUAAACUAAAAUAUACUUAUUUUCGAGCUGCAUUUCUGCGUGUGUGUGUGUUUCUUUUCUUACUCGAGCAACGUUUCCCGUCGAGCUUAACGACUACUGCUUAGUAAUUAAUUUCUACAACUCUCACUGACUUAUAACGUAUAAUGUGUCUCUCGUGAUUUAGCCGUCCCUCGUACGCGCGCUAAUCGAGAAGAAAGAACAAACGUAUCCUACAUCUACCACGACGAUGUUACCUCACCUCAAGAAGGGAGAGAGGGCCUCUCUCCUUUUCGCUUUCUUUUUUUAUCACUUCGUAAAUUAGGCUCAAGCAUUCAAAUAUUUAAAAUAAAAAUCCAUUUAUAAUUCCGAGUUAAAAGAUCGACUUCUCUUUUUCCUCUUUCGCGGAAAAUCACAAAGUCGACGAUGGUCGAUCAUCGGAAGAGCGCUCGUCCAUCUGAAUUUUACCGUAUCCGUCUUCAUUCUCAGGAUCUAAGCUAUCGUGAUUUUCGUAGAAAUAGGAAUAGGCAAGAAAAUCAUCGAGUUACUCAAUCAAUAAGUGUACGAUAAUCCGGACCUUUUAGCGACUCGCGUAUACAGAAAGAACCUUGCACUUUGAUUCCGUUCGUAAUUAAAAAGUCGAGAUAACAAAAAUCGAUUGUGAAAUAAUGAGAAAAUAGAUGUUAAAUAAAUAAUUAUUUUUUUUUUAAAUAUCAUCAAAAGCAAUUUAAUUCCAGACUUAGUAGCCUUAUCUGAGUUGUAUGAAAAAAAAAUAUCAAUGAUUCUAUUCUUAGUAUUUUUUUUCUUUUAUAUGAUAGAUAUAAUCUUUAAAUUUUGUGCGAAUCGACGCGGUUUCUCCCGUGCUUUCAACGUUCUCUUAUUAUAAAUUUGUCCCAUGUUGAUGUUAAGACAUCAAGAGGAGGAGACGCGAGUUAGCUGCGAUGGAAGUUAUUAUCACUAACGUUGUUCUUUUUUUUAAUAUCGAGAAAACGAUUACAUUUAGUUGACUGACAGUAAGAAAAGAAACACACACACACGCAGAAAUGCAGCUCGAAAAUAAGUAUAUUUUAGUUUAUUGCGAGAACAGAAAAGCAUUUAAAAGACAAAGAAGUCUCCAAAGUGUGGACGGUGACAGAGGUCUUCGAGAUAGAGCAUCGACCGUAAGAGAGUGGAUCGUAAUCGAUGGGCAUGCAAAAGAUUAAAAAAUCGAGAUAGUUCCAAGAGUUUCUUUUCUUACUGUCAGUCAACUAAAUGUAAUCGUUUUCUCGAUAUUAAAAAAAAGAACAACGUUCGUGAUAAUAACUUCCAUCGCAGCUAACUCGCGUCUCCUCCUCUUGAUGUCUUAACAUCAACAUGGGACAAAUUUAUAAUAAGAGAGCGUUGAAAGCACGGGAGAAACCGCGUCGAUUCGCGCAAAAUUUAAAGAUUAUAUCUAUCAUAUAAAAGAAAAAAAAUACUAAGAAUAGAAUCAUUGAUAUUUUUUUUUCAUACAACUCAGAUAAGGCUACUAAGUCUGGAAUUAAAUUGCUUUUGAUGAUAUUUAAAAAAAAAUAAUUAUUUAUUUAACAUCUAUUUUCUCAUUAUUUCACAAUCGAUUUUUGUUAUCUCGACUUUUUAAUUACGAACGGAAUUAAAGUGCAAGGUUCUUUCUGUAUACGCGAGUCGCUAAAAGGUCCGGAUUAUCGUACACUUAUUGAUUGAGUAACUCGAUGAUUUUCUUGCCUAUUCCUAUUUCUACGAAAAUCACGAUAGCUUAGAUCCUGAGAAUGAAGACGGAUACGGUAAAAUUCAGAUGGACGAGCGCUCUUCCGAUGAUCGACCAUCGUCGACUUUGUGAUUUUCCGCGAAAGAGGAAAAAGAGAAGUCGAUCUUUUAACUCGGAAUUAUAAAUGGAUUGUUAUUUUAAAUAUUUGAAUGCUUGAGCCUAAUUUACGAAGUGAUAAAAAAAGAAAGCGAAAAGGAGAGAGGCCCUCUCUCCCUUCUUGAGGUGAGGUAACAUCGUCGUGGUAGAUGUAGGAUACGUUUGUUCUUUCUUCUCGAUUAGCGCGCGUACGAGGGACGGCUAAAUCACGAGAGACACAUUAUACGUUAUAAGUCAGUGAGAGUUGUAGAAAUUAAUUACUAAGCAGUAGUCGUUAAGCUCGACGGGAAACGUUGCUCGAGUGAGAAGAGAGGGAAGGAAAAAGAGGCGCGCGACCUCUUCUGUAACAAGAGGUGUGUUUAGUAGGGUGAAAAAAGAAAAAAAACCAAUUAAGUAGCGUCUUAGAAUCGUGUAGUAGCUCCUUUCUAAUUAAGCCUCCAGACUAAGUAAUGUGUAUAGUUAAAUGACAAUCACUCGACUCUCUAUAUCGACAAAUGACGAAGGGAAUCUCCGAGCCGUGAUAAGCUGCCUACGCACCGAACUACCCCUUUCUAUUGUGUUUCCUUCUUUUGCGAUUCGCCCCAUCCCUUUCAACCCUUUCGCAAUCGAGACUUUUCCUUACUCCGACCACUGGACCUUUCUUUUUUCGAGAGACUUUUAUCAAACUGGCGAACAAAUAGCGUUUCAAUUCACAAGCUUUACAGUAAAUAAAUGUAAAUAAGAAGAAAACGGACCUAAAAUAUACGUCGGUCGACUCCGAUUCGCGUCGUUACUUGCUUAUCCGAAAGUGUCUAGAUCGAAAAUAGAUUGAUGUUUCUCUUGCAAGUUGAUUAAUUAUUGAAUGGACAGUUUUAUGUCUUCGAGAUAUGCUCGAUAUAAUAUAAAUUCAUCUUUUAACGAUAUUGUCUCUUAAAAAUUUUUUAAUUGCACUUUCUAAUCCUUUAUUAACGUACUCAUAAUGAGAAAUUUUAUAAAAUUUGUUAUUUGCACAGAUAAGAAAGUAUUAAAAAUAUACAUAUAUAUAGUUUUUUGUUUCAUAGAUUUAUAAAGUUUAUAUAGAGUAACAUUUUUAAUAUUUUUCUCAUCUUAUUUUUCAUAUUUGAAUUUUAUAAAAAAAUCUCAGGUUUAUAUACAUACUAUUUCUUCGAUAUCGUUCUAGCGCCUUUCCGGCAAAAUCUUGCCAUCUAAUUUUUCGCCUCUUUGCAAAAACUUCCAAGUCAAGUGUCAGCUCUGCCUUUCAACUCUCGAACUUUCCAAAUUCCGUGCCCAGGAAGAUCCUUGGUUUUCUGCAUGUACCUUCCUUCUUUUCCUUGUCUCACAGUCGUUCUUCGAUCCGAUCGACAGCUGAUGACAAAUCCGCGCGUCACAUCAGACUCUUCCACCCUUGAAAAAUAUUUCCUUUAUGUCUCUAUCAUGCAAACAAUAGAUUCGAUGAAUCGAAACCGCGCGCGGAAUCGCGUCAUCGGGAUAUCGAUCGAUCGGCGAGGCACGCUCUAAAAAAAUCUAAUAAACUAAAUCUUCAAAAGAUAUAUGUGAGGGAGAAAACCAAUCAUGGGCCAGGAAUUGCGUUGCAAGUCACAAUCAGCUCGUCUCCGGCAAAGCAAACAAUUUUCUUUCGACGAGAACCAUUGUCAGAGCGGGCGUUUUACGGUUAAGCUCUUUCUUAGUAAGUUCAAUUAGGGAUUAGUCUAUCAAUAGGGAGACGGAGAUCGCGAGUGAUUCUUUUCGUUCGUUACGCUUGCACUUCCGCGAUGCGGAUAGCGAGGAGUGGAGGAGCGCGUUAAUAAGUAGGAAAGAGAAAAAGAUGUAAUUAAGAGAAAAAAUCAGGGACAAGCAUUGGAAAAGAGAGGAGGAGUAAAAGGGAGGAGAGAUUCUCGGAUCGUCGAGAAAAAAGAAAAAAAAAAAAAAAGGCGAGACGAUCUUUCUAUUAUCGAUCAGCAUUUACGAGAGACGCGCUGCACACCCACACGUUCGCAUUUAUCACAUACACGUGCACAGUAUAUAUAGUUAUACAAAACACACACACACACACACACACACACAUAUAUAUCCGAGAAUUUGUGACACGUAUGAGCACGUACGAUUGACGAUCUUCCACGUGCCUUUUUUGGCGCGACACGCUUACACUCAUAAAAAAAAAUCACAUACACGUACGAUAUAUGCCGACGCGAUACUAACACUAUCGCCCACGACCUUUUUAUAGCUCGACUCUUGGACCCCCACUCCUCUUUUACAAAAGUAUUUUUUUUCUCGAUUUUUCCUCGACAGAUCUGGAGGCGCUUUCCGAUCUUCAAAACGAUCAUCGAUCGUUAUUGAUGCGUCGAUCGGAUCAAGUUUCCUCGAAUUUUUUUCUUUUUUUUUUUUCUUAAUUUUCCGCUGUGGAUAACAUUCUGUCCCUUUCUUCAUUCUGCGUAUUUAUUUUUAAUUUUAAUCUGAAACUUGUAUACUAGAUACAAUAUAAUUUUUAUAUAAAUUAGUGAGAUAUACGCAUCUUUCGAAUCUCAUCGCGCAUAUUAACAGUAUUCUAUAUUUUACGUUAUGUACGCUCUUGAUAUAAAAUAUAUUAUACUAUGUAUAUAUCAAGAAAUGUUAAAAAUCUUAAGAACUUCUCAUACAUAUCAUAUAAAAAGUUCGAUUGUACAUCUUCCAGAUCUGUCUACAUUAGCGUCUUACGAGUAUCCCGUUCCCCGACUUUGACAUUAUCGGUAUUAUCAUCGUUCACUACUUCUUCCCACUGUGAAAUUAUCGAUUUUGUUUUUUUGCGUUAUUCUUGCGCUUCUUAUCUUUUACUUUUAAUCUUACUUUUAUACCUUUUAAUUGUCGCCGGUUGCUAUUAUCAUCGCCACUGCGAUCAUUACUGUUAUUUUAGCGCUAAUUACUGUUAAUUAAUCUACUCUUAAUGUAAUUAUCUUAUUCUUACGUUUAAUGAAUUUCCUCUUCCUCUUUUUUUUUUUAUCUUAGAAUUAACGAAGCAUUUGAUUAUGUGCCGAGAGGGAGACUGUUCUCCUCUAAGUUAAAAAACACUUUCUAAGUCGUAUAUUUCUGUGUAAUUGUCCCAAUUUUAGUUUCUUCAAAUUGUCACUUUUUAACAACGCUAUUUUCUUUAUCAUUACUACUAUCCCACUCUACUACUCGCCACUAUUACUACUCUCAUCAUUAUAUUCACUCUAUUCAUCACUUUUCACUGUAACUCUUACUCUUUCCGCUUUACAUCUUUUCUCCCUCUAUUAGAAAGUUAGAAAAAACGGUCCGCAUUGCUCGUUUAUUAAUUUUAUUCGAUUGACAUAGGAAAUCAAAUUGGAAAGGAAAACAAGAUUAUACAGAAACAUAAAUAGGACAUGUUUAAUCUCUUACGUUAUUCAUGGCUGAUAGCAAUGGGGAUCGCAUAUAAAUCUCUGCGUUUAGCAUCUAUCUCUCAUAACUAUACUAUAUCUCUUCUUUCUAUCUCUUUCUCUCUCUGUCUCUCUCUCUCUCUCUCUCUCUCUCUCUCUCUCUCUCUCUCUCUCUCUCUCUCUCUCUAUCAUCUACAUAUUUCUCUCUAUCUCUCUUAAUCUUUCUUACAUACUCUCUCUCUCUCUAUGCAUAUAUUAUUAUAUAUAUAUACUCAUCGUAUGUUUUAUAAUACUAUACUUCUAUUCUUAUCAUUACACACUAUAUUACUCUACUAUUGUAUUACUAUUGUCUACUAUUAUGAGUGCUGCUGUUGCCGCUCCGCGACCAAUGUUUGCUCUUAUUAUAACUAAAUGCGUUUUGCGGCUCAUAAGUAACUGUCGUAUGUCCUUGCCUGUUCUUUACUUUUUCUCGUUUUAACGAAGCGACGACUUUUAACCGAAAUUAUCAUUUAUCCCUUUAUUCUUCCCCCCUCCCCCUCUGGCCCCUGCAUCGAUUUGGUAUUGUGAAUCUCUGCACCGUUUUCUCUAUCACAUUACCUCCCUUCCCCCCACAUGUUUAUAUUUUUUUUUUUUGCAUCUCCUCCCCCAUUCAUUUCUUAUCCCCGAUAUCACCGAGUGUCGAAGCGAGAAUAAAAAGACUUCACGAGCGAGCGGGACGAAAGUACAUAUACAUAUAAUUAAUCCGAUUUGUCAAGAAAAACGAUUGAAAGAAAAAAAAAUAAACCUACCCGUUUUUUGUGUUC